AUGGCGGGAACAGCGGGCGAAGACGUGGCAGAAGCAAGACGGCAGCAAAGAAACGCGCGUGCAAGGGAAAGAAGAGCGCAAGAGUCUGAAUCUGACCCUCAAGCACGUCGUGAGGCACGUCGAGCCCGUGCGAGAAUCCGGGCGGGGCAACAAACCGAAUCUCAGAGGGAAGCGCGUCGUCAAGCCGACCGUGAACGUACUGCAGCACGAAGAGCAGCAGAGACGUCUAAGCAGCGCGUGGAGCGUCUCCGUCGACUGAGGGAGAGAGCCAGGGCGCGCAGAGCGGGAGAAACCACCCCCCUCCGAAAUGCGCGGCGCGAAGCGGAUCGCAUUGCGACACGAGGCGCUAGAGCGAAGGAAUGUACUCCUAUUCGUGAGGGGCGGCGAGAAUCGGAUCUUAUUGCAACGCAAAGAGGCCGAGCCGAGGAAAAUAAUCCACUGAGAUCUUCGAGACAGGAGUCGAAUCGCUUGGCAAUGCGACAAGCGAGAGCUGUGGAUAUAUCCCCCGUCAUAGCUGCGCGGCAAAGAUCCGACCGCCAGGCUCGAAGUGCCUCUCGACAGCUCUUCCCUCCACUACCGGAGUCCUGUCCUUCGUACUGCGAUCUCGGCAUGAUCCGUGUUGAGUGUUCGCACUGCAAAGCUCUGCAUUUCGUCCAAGAACGCAUCGGGAGCAGCUCUGCCGCAAGGCCCAUUUUUUCCACAUGCUGUGGGAAGGGGAAGCUGUCAUUGCCGCUUCUCCCAGACUCGCCAGCUCUUCUGCGCUCUCUUCUCAUCGAUGAUACUCCAAGGGCCCGCAGCUUCCGUAAGAACAUUAGAGCAUACAAUGUAGCGCUAUGGAUGGCAUCCGUGGUCGCCAAAUGGGCACUGAUGACGCAACUGACACACAUGCUGCACGAAUGCAACCCCUACGUGCAGACUUUUCUGUGUAUGCGAGAAUGGGCUCAAUCUCCUCACAACAACACUCCUGCCACGUACCAGAUGGUCAUCCAUGCCGACCGCAGGCCAAGUCAUGAGCACGUGCGCCGGUACAAUGGUCCCGAAGCUUCUGAAGUCUCCGCAUCGAUCCCUGGAAAUGAAGACGGAGAGAUUGGGCGAAGAGAUAUCGUCGUGCGCAGGAGAGGUACUCUGAACAGUAACGGGAACGAAGUGCUGGAUCCGAUUUCAGUCAGUCAUCGCGCAUACGAUCCAUUGAGUUACGUGCUUUUGUUCCCGAACGGUAGAGAUGGAUCGUAUCCAGAGCUUCGAUUCUCCAGUGUUCAAGACGGCAGACGUACCAAGAUUACUCCGAUGAUGUACUACGGAUGGCAUUUGUUGGAAAGAGCAGGCGAGUUCAGCACAAUCUUGCACGCAGCACGAAUCUUUCCGCAAUACUUGGUUGACCAGUUCUGCAAAGUGGAGGCAGAAAGGCUUUCUUAUCUCCGCCACAACCAGACACAACUUCGAGCCGCCGACUACACCUCACUGCGCCACAGCCUAGGAGACUCCGGUCGUGCUGAAGAUGAAGCCGAUUCCGUGCGUGCGGGACGACUGUUCAUUCUCCCUUCCACGUACAUUGGAGGUGAUCGCUAUAUGAGGCAGCAGAUGCACGACAUCAUUGCUAUAUCGAACCAAAUUGGCCACCCGGACAUCUUCCUCACCAUGACAUGCAAUCCAAGCUGGCCGGAGAUCACAAGAGCCCUACUGCCGAACCAAACGCCUCAGGACAGACCGGAUCUGUGCGCACGUGUGUUUCGUCUGAAACUGAAAGAUCUCAUGUCCUUGGUCAUCAACGAAGAAGUAUUCGGAACCGUUGUGCCCAUGUACGAGUCAUCGAGUUUCAGAAACGCGAUCCCGUCUGCACAAGAUCCAGAACUCCAAGAGGUCGUGCUCAAGCAUAUGAUUCACAAUCCAUGUGGAGAACACAAUCCAACAGCCGUGUACAUGGGCGAGCGGUACUGCAGGAAAGGGUUUCCAAAAUCGUUCAAACACGAAACCAGCCAGUCCGACAGUGAGUACUACAUCACGUACCGAAGAAGGGCACCCUCUGCAGGUGGCGUCUCCAUCGAGCGACCCUCCCACAACUCCUGGGUCGUUCGCCACAGUUCUGUGCUUCUACGUUCAUUCGCUUGUCAUUUGAAUGUUGAACUCUGCGUGUCACGCGUUGGCGGAAUCAAGUACCUCUUCAAGUAUGCGUGCAAGGGACAAGACCGAGUGACCAUGGAAAUCAAUGCCGAGAACGAGCGCUACGACGAGAUCUCCAACUUCCAAGAUGCCAGAUACGUUUCGGCAUCGGAGGCCGCAUGGAGGUUAUUCUCCUUUGACAUUGUAGACCGCAAUCCUCCAGUAGUCAGGCUUGCAGUGCAUCUGCCCAACGACCACACGGUGUACUUUGAGGAAGGGCGAGAGCAGGAGGCGGCGCUUCGACCAGCAACAGGCACGAAGCUGACCGAGUGGUUUAAAGCCAACGAGAUGUACCCAAGCGCGCGGCAUAUUCGGUACCACAAGUUUCCAAGGUACUUUACGUGGAAGACACACACCAAGUCAUGGAUGCCAGGUGCAACAUCCUUCAAGAACUUGCGAAAUAUCGACGGCGAGCAGUGCACCAGCUUCCGACAAGCUUGCUUACGACUCGGUUUGCUGGCCGACGAUGCCGAGUGGAAGCACGCAAUCCGAGAUUCAUUCCGGUCAAGCUUCGUUCCUCUUUCUCAUCUGUUUGCUACGAUUCUGGCACACUGCCAGCCUUCGGACCCUCUCUCGCUGUGGAACGACCACCUGGACAUGUUUCUCACCGAUAUUCGCAAUCGUGCACGCGAACAACCCAUUCGAAGACAGCAGCUUCACGAUGAUCACCACGCCACAUCUUACGUGCUUCGAGAGGUACAGGAGGCCCUGCAGACCUGGGAAGAGCGACUACAGACGUCGUUGCCGCUGUUGAACACAAAUCAUCGCCAUGCCUUUGACGAAAUAGUGGGCUCCAUGCUUCCAGGCGUAUCCGUCUCUGCAUUGCUUCAAGGAUCCUCAAGCGCCGUGGCGGGACCUUCUAUGCCGACACGAAGUGACUUCCUUCGUACGCGCCGUAAGCAAGUCAUCGCUGUCGCUACGUCUGCUGUUGCUGCUGUGUUGCUCGACGGUGGACGCACCGCUCAUUCCGUGUUUAAGAUCGUCAUGUGCCAUCGACAUUGCAUUGAGACUGUCGAUCGCUCCCUUCGCGACUUGAUGCAAACCGACCGGCCCUUCGGAGGAAAGUUCCUCAUGCUCGCUGGAGACUUUAGACAAAUCCUUCCCGUCGCUCCGGGCGGGUCCCGAGGUCAAAUCGUGAGCGCGUGCGUCAAGGCUUCCCCGCUGUAUCUAGAGUGCCGAUUCCUGCGCCUUACCGAGAACAUGCGCCUUGCUGCUCUCCGAGCGGACCCUGCAGCAGAUGUGGAGGCUCUCAACUUUCCAGAGUUCCUCCUCAGCGUCGGGGAAGGCAGACUUAACGGCGAACAGCGCCCGGAAUGGAUCUCACUACCACAGUCCGUUGCGUUCGAGCAUACUAUCCGCAAUUUAUGCCUCAAGGUCUUCCAAGGGAUUCGAGACAAUCACGCUGACCCUGCCUGGCUCACCAAGCGCGUUAUACUCACCACAAAGAACAGGCCGCUCGAGGAAGUCAACGAGGUCAUCGGCAACAUGAUUCCGGGACCGUGUCGAACGUAUCUGAGCGCAGACAAGGUCGAGAACGAAGACACCAACGCGCUAAUCUAUCUCACAGAAAUGCUCAACACCUUGACCGCCGGAUCUGCUAUACCAGACCCCAAGCUCAAGCUCAAGAAAGGCUUCAUCGUCAUGCUUCUGCGCAAUCUCGAUCCCUCUACUUGUCACGUCAACGGCGCGCGAUAUGUCAUCGAGAACAUGACCAACAACCUGCUCUUUCUACGCGUUACCACCGGGUCACACCAAGGCAACAGACUGUGUCCUCUUCGAAUGCCCUGCGGACCAGGAGACGACAACUUUCCCAUCCCUGGCUUCACCCGAACGCAGUUCCCCAUUCGCACGUGCUUCGCCCUUACAACGAACAAAGCGCAAGGCCAAUCCUUCGGUGGCCGCAUUCAAUGCGACCAAGUUGGUCUCGACUUACGAGAUCACUGCUUCUCGCACGGUCAACUCUACGUCGCACUAUCAAGGACUACUCACCCAGUGAACGUCACUGUCCUCACUCGAGAGUCCAAUGAAACAACGCGAAACAUAGUGUACCCCGAGGUCCUUCAGUAG